AUGCAAAUGCACGACGAUAUCGUCUAUCUGGAUCAUUUCGCAUCCUUUCUCAAGCGAUGCCACUUCAGCAAGGACUUUGCUGCCACGGCAGCAGACACAGCUACUAUUAUUGGCCAAUAUCCCCUACUCCAGCAUAUUGCCAUUGCCAUCGGAGCUUUGGAUGCCAGCAGGAAGGGCUCUACCAGAGCAUUCGGCAAGCUUGGAUCUGCACAGCAAACCGCAUUUCGGGCAUACGGCAGAUCAAUCCAAGAUCUGCACACUGCAAUUUCGACUGCAGGACCGGUCUUUAGAAAAGAUUUGUUUUGGAGCACGUUUUUCCAUGGUCUUUUCGAAGUAUGCUUCGAUUCCGGUUACAUAUUGUAUGGCCUACUAAUCAGUCCCCAGCUACUGGCCGAGAAUACCGGCAAUUCGUUCGUAAAUCAUAUGGUUUACGGUACAUCAAAGAUGUUAUUCAUGUUGAAACCUACCAUUCCCUUCCCGCUGGCUACAAAGAGCUUAAUUGAUGCGUUUUGGAUUCUCGAAAUCAAUCGAGCCAUACUUUAUGGUGAUAUUGCGAUUCUUCCGGACAACCCACAACGUCUACAUAUGCCAAGAGGCAAGUCGAUUCUGCUCGCUCGAUUGAUAAACGACACUAAAAAUCAUAGGCUAUUUGACACAAUUGAAGGUGUCCCCGAAGAGUUGAGAUCUUUUGAUCCCACUUUGGACGCUCUUGCUCUAGAAGGGCUCGAGAUCAAAGAGAGACUUCUCACUUGGCAAAGGGAAUGCCAUUCUGAGACUUCGGAGACAUUACCGGUCGACUCAUUCACCCAAUUGUCGGUCACAGUUCACCGCGCUCUUCUUUUAUACCACUGCAACAAUUUUACCUUUUAUUCAUGCUGGAUGACACGUUUGAUCCCUCGGCUAAACCGCAGUGAAGUCAACCAGCAUGUCUCUGAAAUCUUGGAUUUAUCUGAGAGACUUCUCUCUGACACACAUAUCCCGGCAGUUCUCUUGCUGUUUCCCCUGCGAAUGGCCGGAGUGCAUGUUUCUGGUUUUCAUGGACAGGAGAAAGUGUUGGGUGCUGUUCGCAAGAUACGCCAGCAAGGCUUCGUCGUCUCGGACACAAUCGAAGCUGACUUGAAAGAAUUUUGGCAAUAUAGGUUGGGGCAGCCGAUCGAAAUGAAUGAGGUGCAAUUAUGA